CCUGUCUCUCUCCCUCUCUCUCUCUCUCCCUCUCGCAGCACAGGACUUUGCAAGACUGCAUUUAGCCACAUCACGUCAAAAGUUUCGGAGUGCAACAUUUUUGGAGCGUCUCCGCGUCGACAUUUUACGCACCGAAAAAAAAAAAAAAAAACCCUCGCCGCCGCCGCCCAGGAGAAGCGUCGCGUAAAGCAGUGCGGUAAAGGAUCGCGCGUACCUGUUGAUGAAGUCCCACCCGCUGCUGGGCGCACAGGAGCAGUCGGAUUUGUUCUCCGGGAAGAGGAGUGUGAGGAAGGUGCAGGGAACCCACCGCUCCAGCGGCCCGGAGGAGUGAGGCACUGCGGCUCCUUCCCGUUUCCCCCCCCUCCCCCGGCACAGGCAGCCCGCGCUGGGUUGGUGGAAAAUGGGCACCCCGACCACUCGGACCCGUGGACUUAUCCUGUCCGUGAUCCUCGCGUGCCAGCUGGUUACUGUGACUCAGGCCUCCAAGGUGUGGGGAGAGGUCCCUCUGCCAGAAGACUUGGAGGAGGAGAAAGCCGCCCCGGCGUCUCAGAGCUUGCUGGACGACGACGAGGACUUUGCCGCCGACGGAGUUUCAGGAGAUCUGCCCAGUGGAGAGGAUGAUGGUAGCACGCCCUGGCCUGACGUCUCCGAGAGCACAAUAUAUUACAGAGCUCUUGUCAACUUCACUGACUCCCUGGUGUACGGCCCCGAGCUUGAGGACAUCUUUUCAGUGGCCUUUAAUGAGAUCUCCGAAGCAGUGGUGGACACGCUGGAGUCAGACUACAACCGGAUUCCAGGUGUCCAAACAGUGAACGUGGUCCUCAUUAAGAAGAUGAUACGAGACGAUGGCGUGGACAUAUUUGUGGAGAUGGACGUGGGUUCCGACCACAACAGCAACACCGAACAGAUACGCAGCGUCCUGUACAACGUGGUGAGGGAGGGGUCCAUCGCUUCCUACGUCACCUCGGUCCAGGGCUUUGAGUUCAGACACCUCGGGAUAGUUCAACCUCUGCCUCCGGUGGAGCCCAUAGCGGUGCCAGCACCCCCCGGCAUCAGACCCUGCAUGUCAGACGAGCACAGGUGUGGGGACGGGACGUGCAUCCCGAUGGAAUACCUGUGUGACGACAGACCCGACUGCAGAGACAUGAGCGACGAGACCAAUUGUGCCAACAAAACGCCGCCACCCCCUCUGGUCCCCACCACCACCCCCGUGACCACAACCACGACCGCCGCCGGCAAGAAGCCCGUGCGGCCCCCCGGCCCACCCGGGCCCUGCAGGGCGGAUCAAGCCACAUGCCAGAGUGGCGAGUGUAUCCCCCGGGACUACAUCUGUGACGGAGAGAGGGACUGCUCGGACGGAAGCGACGAGUUCAGAUGCGGUACUCCGUCUCCCUGUGAGCCCAACGAGUUCAAAUGCAGGAACGGCCGCUGCGCCCUCAAGCUGUGGCGCUGCGACGGAGACAACGACUGCGAGGACAACUCGGAUGAAACGGACUGCCCCACCAAGGGCCCCGGCGACAGGUGCGCUCCGGAGCAAUUUGAAUGCCUGAACAGUCGCACCUGCAUCCCAGCCAGUUACCAGUGUGAUGAAGAACCAGACUGCCCCGACCGCUCGGAUGAGUACGGCUGCACCCCUCCCUCUGUGACGAGCCCGCCGGAAGAGUCCAUCGAGGCAGCGCGGGGGGCGACGGUGACGUUCUCGUGUCAGGCUGUUGGAGUGCCAACACCUAUCAUCACCUGGAGACUCAACUGGGGACACAUUCCACUCAGCAGCAGGAUCUCCAUGACCAGCGAGGACGGCCGCGGCACCCUGACCAUUCGCGAUGUGAAAGAGGCCGAUCAGGGGGCGUACACCUGUGAGGCCAUCAACGCCAAGGGCCUGGUGUUUGGUAUCCCCGACGGCGUGCUCACUCUCACGUCCAGUUCAAAUCUAGGCAACUGUCGAGCUGGUCACUUCAGCGUGGAGGGCAGCUGUGUCUCCUGCUUCUGUGCAGGAACGUCCAAAAACUGCAAGGGCACCGGACGCUACCGUAACCAGAUCAGCCUGCGUUUCACAGAGGAGGAAGACUUCCAAGGAGUGAAUGUCACCUACCCGUCCAGGCCGGGCACUCCUCCGCUCUCCUCCACCCAGCUCCUCGUCAAUCCAGAGAUGAAGGAGUUCCAGCUCGUCGACCUGUCGCGCCGUUUCCUCAACCUUGACUCUUUCUGGACACUGCCUCGCCGUUUCCUGGGCAACAAGAUCGACUCCUACGGAGGUUCCCUGAGGUUCAAGGUGCGGUACACAUUGGCCCGCGGCCUGUCUGAGCCGGUGGAGAAGCCCGAUGUGGUUCUUGUUGGAAAUGGACGCAGGCUUGUGUCCGUCAGGGGAAGACCUACCCCUGGCCGAGUGGUCAACCAGAAGGAGAUCAGAUUCACUGAAGACAAAUGGCAGCACUCCAACGGCCGCACUGUGAGCCGCGAGGAGCUGAUGAUGACGCUAGCCAACCUGGAGAGCAUAAGCAUCCGCACUAUCUACGACAACCACAUGGUCAGCGUGGGGCUCAGUGAAAUCGUCAUGGACACCACCUCUGUGGAGUUCAGCACUCUGGGUCACGCUAAGGAUGUCGAAGAGUGCAGAUGUCCUCCUGGAUAUUCGGGCCUGUCCUGUGAGAUGUGUUCCCCUGGUUUCGAGCGUGUCCCCGGCGGCUCCUACCUUGGCACCUGUGCUGGUUGUAACUGUAAUGGACACGCCAGCGCCUGUGACCCAAUCAGUGAACGCUGUCUGAGCUGCCAACACAACACAGAGGGCCCUCAGUGUGAGAAGUGUCGCCCUGGCUACUUUGGUGACGCGACCAGAGGUCGCUCAGAUGACUGCAAGCCCUGCCCCUGCCCAUACCAUGAGACCUCGCGGCGGUUUUCGGACACCUGCUUCCUGGACGUUGACCAACAGCCAACAUGUGACGCCUGCAGGCCCGGCUACACAGGGAGACGCUGUGAAAAGUGUGCUCCUGGUUACCAGGGUAACCCUCUUCAGCCUAAUGGAAGAUGUACUCCUAUAACACCUGACACCAAAAGCUGUGAUAACAGAGGGACAAUCACCUCUAGCAGCAGACCAUGCAGCUGCAAGAACAACGUGGCGGGCGCUGUGUGUGAUGAGUGUAAGGCCGGAUUCUUCCACCUAUCGGAGACCAACCCCGACGGCUGUCAACGUUGCUUCUGCAUGGGCGUCACCAAGCAGUGCGCCAGCUCCACUUGGAAUAGAGAUCAAGUGCGCGGAGGGAGGAACGGGCAGCUCUUCUCCAUCUCCAACAGAGCCAACACCAAAACUGUUUCCGAAGGCAUCUCCCAGAGGGGCUCCUCUGAAGUUGUCUACCGCACAUCACCCUUUUCCCCCAAAGAUAUCUACUACUGGGUUCUGCCUGAGAGCUUCCUAGGAGAUAAGGUGACGGCCUACGGCGGAGAGCUUCGCUACACGGUGCUGUUCCAGGAGAAUCAGCGAUCACCGCCGAUCGACGGCCAGCCAGAUGUGGUUCUCCAGGGCAACGGCAUCGUCCUGGAGCACUACGCUCAGACCAAGCCUGUUCCACGGGUUUCCAACACUGUGGCCGUGACCUUCAGAGAGUCGGGGUGGCGUCGCUCUGACCGGCAGCCGUGUACCCGGGAGCACCUGCUGAUGGCCCUGGCCGACGUCACUGUCCUCAUGAUCAGGGCGACCUACGCGGACGACAUGACGGAGAGCAGUAUCAAAGACAUCGAGAUGGACGUCGCCGUUCCGGACUCCACUGGUAACGGACGUGCUCUGGAGGUGGAGGAGUGCGCCUGUCCUCAGGGAUACAGAGGACCUUCUUGCCAGGAGUGUGACGAAGGUUACACGAGGACGACCUCUGGCCUGUACCUGGGCACCUGCGAGAGUUGCGACUGCAACGGUCACGCCAGCGGCUGUGACAAGGAGACCGGCAAUUGUCUGCAAUGUCUCCACAACACCGCCGGGCCCAGGUGUGAGCGCUGUCAGGAUGGUUUCUACGGAAACCCGGUAACGGACGGCGCUCGGGCCUGCCAGCCCUGCCCUUGUCCUGGAACGGCUUCCAACAACCAAUUCGCCCUCGCCUGUUAUCUGGAGGCCGACGGCCAGCCAACAUGUCGAGGCUGUCCCGCCGGAUACACUGGCCGACGCUGUGAAAGAUGUGAACCAGGGUUCAUUGGCAAUCCGCUGCUUGGACAGAGGUGUAGUGUUGACAACAAUGAUAACUGCUACGACUGUGACGAGAGAGGAAGUGAAGGCUGUGAUGGUGAUGUUUGCCACUGCAAGUUGAACGUGGAGGGCCCGUCUUGCUCCAACUGCAAGCCCGGAACCUUCCAUCUCAGCCGGGAGGUCAAAGACGGCUGCCUGUCCUGUUUCUGCAUGGGUGUUACUCAGCAGUGCUCCAGCUCCAACCACUACAGAGACACGGUGUCCUCAGUCUUCUCACCGGGAAACUUCCAGGGAUUUGCGCUGGUGAACCGCCAACGCACCAACCGCAUCACCACUGGCUUCACCGUGGAGAUUUCCACCCAAGGCACUCAGCUGUCCUACACCAACUUUGAUUACCUGGGACAGGAGCCUCAUUACUGGCAGCUUCCAGGGGUCUUCCAGGAUGACAAGAAAACAUCUUUUUUCACUCGCAAAAAACGAGCACAGCAGGGUGGCAUCAGUCAGCUGGACGACGAGGUCUGGGCGCUCUUCUCUAACUUCUCCAAUGGACGCGCUGGUUCCUCUCGAUUCUUUCCCUCCUCUAAAUCCUCCACCUCUUCCUCCUCUCCUUCUUCUUCUUCCUCUCGGAUCCCAACUUCUUCUUCCUCCUCCUCGUCCUCCUCCUCCCGAUGGUCCUUGCGUAACCCGAGCCCCCCCUCUAGGUCUGGUAUGUCGUCUUCACUCAAACCAACCAAACCUCAGGCUUACUCCCCAGUCCGCUCUCUCCAUCUCCAGAGCAAGAACUCUGUGAGCAAGACUUUAGCUCGUGCCUCAGGAGACAGCAGCAAGUACAAUCUUGCGGACAAAGGGUUCAGCUUGCACCAGGAUGAUCUGCUGUACUGGCAGCUCCCAGCGCAAUUCACAGGGGAAAAGGUGGGUUCUUACGGAGGCAAGAUUAAAUACUCCAUCUCCUACGUUGCUGGCCAGAGAGGAUUACCCCUCGAUGAUGGGGACGUCCAGAUUAUUGGUAACGACAUCACUUUGGUAGCUCGUCAGCCCUGGCAGCCGAGGCAGCAGGGCGUCAAGGAGACGCGCCAUUUUGAGAUUGUCUUCAAAGAGGAAAACUGGCGUCGUCCAGAUGGCAUGCCGGCCACCCGAGAGCACCUGCUGAUGGUCUUGGCGGAUCUGGAUGACAUCCUGAUCAGAGCGUCCUACUCCACUGAGAUGCGGUCCUCCAGUAUCUUUGACAUCAGCAUGGACGUUGCCGUGCCUAACUUCAGCGGCUUGGCCCAGGCGCUCGAGGUGGAGCAGUGUCGCUGCCCACCUGGAUACCAGGGACUGUCUUGCCAGGACUGUGCGCCUGGGUACACCCGCACCGGAGGAGGUUUAUAUCUGGGCCACUGUGAGCUCUGCGAUUGCAACGGACACUCCGACUCCUGCCGCCCUGAGACUGGCAUGUGCACGAGUUGCCUGCACAACACCCAGGGUGAGUUCUGUGAGCAGUGCGCUCCUGGGUUCUUUGGCGACCCCACUGUUGGCACCCCGGAGGACUGCCAGCCCUGCGCCUGCCCUCACAGUGACCCAGACAACCAGUUCUCCCCCACAUGUGAGAGCCUUGGAAAUGGAGGCUACCAGUGUACUGCCUGUCAGCCUGGGUACACCGGCCAGUACUGUGAACGUUGUGCUUCUGGAUACGUUGGCAACCCUCAGGGCAGACAAAAGUGUCAACCAUACAAUGAUGCGGGCUCACUGGUGGUGAAGGUUUACCCCGCGAGGGUCCUUUCGUCUCUGGGUGGCUCUGUCACUCUGCGCUGUCAGGUGUCCGGCUCUCCUCCUCACUUUUUCCACUGGUCCAGAGAGGACGGACGAUCCAUCUCCAGCAGUGCUGACAGACGCCGACAAGGAGCAGAGCUGUACUUCCCCAACGUUCAGCCGAGCGAUGCCGGCGUCUACAUCUGUACCUGCAGAGACCAGCGCAGCACCAACAGGAGCCACGCUGAAAUUGUUGUCACAAGUGUCCCGUCCAAAAACAUUGAGGUUACAAUCGAGGAGCCCAAAUCCCAGACUGUCCACCAGGGGACAACUAUCAGUUUCAUCUGCACUGCUAAAAGCAAGUCGCCCGCCUACACCCUGGUGUGGACCCGGAUGGGCAACGGGAAGCUGCCCAACCGGGCCAUGGACUUCAACGGCAUCCUGACAAUCCGGAACGUCCAGCCCGAGGACGCGGGCGUGUACGUCUGCACUGGCUCCAACAUGUUUGCCAUGGACGAGGGCAGUGCCGUCCUCCACGUGCCAGAGCCCUCACAGACUCAGAUGUUUUACACAGCCUAUGAAAUGUUUGAAGGACACAGAAAGCCUUCCGAGGAAGCCCAGCCCGUGGCCACCGUCACUCCCUCAGUGCUGAACGUCCAGCAGGGCCAGCGGGCGGAGUUUCGCUGCACCGUGACCGGGAGCCCACCGGCCGCCAUUGAAUGGAUCGGGGGUCCCGGGAACAGAAUGAGUCCGAGGGCCGUUGUACGAGGCGGCGUUCUGACCUUCGCAGCAGUGGACGCAGCUGAUGAGGGGGAGUACACCUGCAAGGCCCUGAACACUCACGGGGAGCACACCGCGCGGGUUUCCUUGUUUGUCCAAAAGUCUAACCCAAGUGGCCUCGGCACCAAGCCCCAAGUCCAAGUCAGUCCCCAAAAUAUCGAAGCUCAUGAAGGAGACAACUUGAGGUUGUAUUGCCGAGCAACAGGAGUGCCCACCCCGAAGCUCACCUGGCUGAAAAACGGAGGACAAGUCGUUCCAAAGGCCAUUCCCUCUCAUGGUUUCCAUCAGUUUAAAAGCAACAGUCUCGAUGUGUUACAGAGACGUAUUGGGGAGCUCCAGGCUCGCAUGGACCGCACCGACAUCGGCACUCUGCUCAUACCCAACAUCCAGAUGUCUGACUCGGGCACAUACAUGUGUGUCGGUAGCAACAGCAUCGGCUCAAACAGCGCUCCCAUUAGAGUCUCUGUGCUUAAAGGGGACCACAGCGCCUCGGUGGUCAGCGUCCAGCCAUCUACAGCCGAUGUGCUGGAGGGACAAAAUCUUGAGCUCAACUGCUUCGCCCCUGGAAACCCACCUCCGCAAGUCACCUGGACGAAAGCCACCGGCCGGCUCUCCUCUAACCACCAGGUCGUGGGCAGUCAGCUGCGUAUCCUGUCGGCCACUCCAGAGGACUCAGGGGAGUAUGUCUGCCGGGUGAAGGUCAACCCUGGAAACACAGGAUCUCACGUCCAACCGGCCUCUGUGUCGGUGUCCGUCACUUCAACUUCCUCACGUCUUCAGAGUCCAAUCAUCGCCAUUGAGCCCCACAUCACUGCAGUGAGUGUUGGGGAGUCGGCCAGCUUCAGGUGUAAAGUGUAUAGUGGAGCCCAGCCUGUCCGACUGGAGUGGAAACUGGCCAGCAACCAGCCGCUGCCAGACAAUGUUAAAGUUGGCCCCGAUGGUUCUGUUGUGACCAUCACCAACGCCCGUCCCAUGAACCACGGUGCCUACCGCUGUGUGGCAAGCAACCCGUUCGGCAUCACCCAGAGCAUUGUGUCUUUGAUCGUCAAAGAGUCUCCUGUGGCCACUGUCACCCCAGCUGGACCUCUGCGUAUCCGGGUGGGUGAACCCAUUAACCUGGAAUGCCAGGCAUCCGGAGAGCCCCGCCCCUCGGUCUCAUGGCACAGGCUGGACAGGAACCGCAAGACCAUGCUGAGCAGCCCCGUGCCCAUGGAGUCCAACGCAGUCAUGCAGAUACUAGUGGCACGCCCAGAAGACAGCGGCACCUAUAUUUGCACGGCUCGCAACAACGAGGGCACCACUGAGACCAGGGUGGAGGUUGUUGUCGAGGGGGGCUCCCAAGUGCCCGCCGUACCCCGGGCCUCCGUUCCCGAGACGCUGAUGGUUGUGGUGGAAGGGCAGACUGCGACGCUGCGCUGUGAGGCUCACGGUUUCCCUUCCCCGACGAUCACUUGGUCCAAGCUGCGCUCUCCUCUGCCCUGGAGACACAAGGUGGUGAAAAACAGCCUGGUGCUGCCCACGGUGGGCCGCCAAGACUCCGGAGAAUACAUCUGCACUGCAACCAACAACAUGGGCACCACUGAAGUCACCGUCAUGCUGGAUGUAGAGACGCCUCCUUAUGCCACCUCCAUGCCCGACGAUGUGGCCGUGCGGGUCGGGGAGGUGAUCAGGUUGCAGUGCCUUGCGCAUGGCACUCCUCCCCUGACCUACACUUGGACCAAGCUGGACGGAAACCUGCCUCCGAGGGCCCAGGUGAACGGGGGGGAUCUUCAGAUCAACCUGGCUACCGCUGGGGAUGCUGGGAGCUACAAGUGCGUGGCCAGUAACAAAGUGGCCAACAGCGAAGUGAUCGCUAAAGUCACCGUCACAUCUCCUUUAGCAGUGCGCGUGUCGCCCCAGGUGGAAGUGAAGGCCCAGGGCAGUGCUGUGGAGUUCACUUGUUCUUCAGCUGGCGGUAUAGAGACCAAAAUUGAGUGGCUGAAGGAAGGAGGAGCCCUGCCACCGAACCACCACAUCAAGGACGGGGUGCUCAGGAUUGAGAACCUGGAGCAGAGCAAUGAAGGCGUUUACAUCUGCAGAGCCAGCGGUGUGUACGGUCAGGCCCAGGACACUGCCAGGCUGACCAUCCAAGCCCUGCCGAAGGUGAUGAUCAACGUGCGCACCUCGGUGCAGACCGUGAUGAUCGGGAACUCUGUGGAGUUUGAGUGCCAGGCCGUCGGUGACCCGGAGCCCACGGUGCGGUGGAGUAAGGUCGGUGGCUCUCUGCCCGCUCACAUCGUGGUGAAGGGCGGCAUGCUGAGGAUCGACCGAGUGACGGAGGCCGACGCCGGGAAGUACCGCUGCACGGCGACCAACGACGUGGGCUCGGUCCAGUCUCAGGUGGUCCUGAACGUCCAGUCCCUUCCUCAGAUUGCCGCGCUGCCAGAAACCACGGAGGUCACAGUCGGGUCUGACGCCGUCUUGCCCUGCGUGGCCUCAGGGUACCCUGCACCCGAGAUCAAAUGGUCCAAGGUGGAAAAAGAGCUUCCGCCAAAGUGUUUCCAGGAGCACAACGUGCUGACGGUUCCUGGCGUCACCCAUGACGAUUCAGGGAUAUACGUGUGCACAGCCUCUAACAAACAGGGAAAAGUGGAAGCCUUUACUACACUUCAAGUUCACGAGAGAGUGAUGCCGUACUUUGCCCAGGAACCCUUGUCCUACCUCACCCUGCCCACCAUCAAAAAUGCCUACAAGGCUUUCAGCAUUAAGAUCAACUUUAGACCUGAUAAUGUUGAUGGUCUCAUGUUGUACGCUGGUAUGCUCCUCUACAAUGGCCAGAAGAAAACCACUGGAGCAGACUUCAUCUCUGUGGGACUUGUGGGCGGCCGCUUAGAGUUCAGGUUUGACGUCGGCUCAGGCAUGGCCACCAUACGCGAUCCCACUCCCGUCAAACUGGGAGAGUUUCACACCGUUGAGCUGUAUCGCAACCACACUUUGGGCUACAUCAUAGUCGACGGAGGGGAGCCCAUCAAUGGCAGCUCACAGGGCAAGUUCCAGGGCCUGGAUCUGAAUGAGGAGGUGCACGUGGGCGGUUACCCCAACUACACAGUCCUCGCCAAAACAGCUGGAAUAAAUACUGGUUUUGUUGGCUGUAUCCGUCAGCUGGUCAUCCAGGGUGAGGAGGUCAUUUUCAAAGACCUCGACCGCAGCUCUACUGGUGUCACGAACUGCCCCACGUGCAAAGACCACCCGUGCCAGAAUGGAGGAAUGUGCGAGGACUCCGAAGCCAGCUUGUACAAGUGCGGCUGCCCCAGAGGAUUCACAGGCAGCAACUGCCAGCACCACUCGUCCCUGCACUGUCACUCAGAGGCCUGCGGACCAGACGCCACUUGCAUCACUCACGCAAGUGGCAUGGGCUACGAAUGCCGCUGCCAUCUUGGCAAGUUUGGAAACAAAUGCAUGGGCGGGGAAUUGGUGACCACUCCGUUAUUUGAUGUCGAGGAGUCAUACAUUGCGUAUCCUCCCCUGACCAACGUUCACGACGACCUGCGCGUUGAGCUGGAGUUCAAGCCCACGCAAAGAGAUGGCCUGAUGUUUUUCUGUGGAGGGAAGAAAAUGAAGGUGGAGGACUUUGUAGCAAUCUCCAUGGUGGAGGGACACGUGGAGUUCAGAUAUGAACUGGGCUCAGGCCAAGCAAUCCUUCGAAGUCCUGAGGCAGUGUCUUUGGGCCAGUGGCACAGGGUUGUGGCCGAGCGAAACAAGAGGGUCGGCCACCUCAGGGUUGACCAAGGCCCAGUGGAGAAAAAAACGUCUCCAGGAAAAGCCCAGGGCCUCAACAUCCACACCCCCAUGUACCUGGGCGGAAUUCCCAACACGGACCUCCUGCCUAUGCCUGCUAACAUCAGCAAAAUGUUUGUGGGGUGUAUAGGAGAGGUGUCUAUCAACAACAAGAAGGUGGAUCUGUCCUACAGCUUCACCGACAGCAGAUCCAUCGGCAAGUGUGUGGACAACAGCCCCUGUGACCGCCGGCCCUGCCUGAAUGGGGGCCACUGCAUGACAAGUUUUGAGUACGAGUACCAGUGCCUCUGUAAGGACGGAUUUGAAGGUGAGCGCUGUGAGGUGGUGAGAGACGUGUGCCAGAGCAACCUUCAAUGCCAAGAUGGUGGCAUCUGUGUCAAGGGCCAGUGUGUGUGUGCACCCGGCCGCACAGGUCUAAACUGUGAAGAGAGUCAGGUCUCCAGCUUCCCCCUCCCCCAGGCCCUGAGGAAUUUGGAAAGUAGCGAUGAAAAUGAUUCACCCUACCAGUAUGCAGCUCAUUUCCAUGAUGAUGGAUACAUUGCCCUUCCUAAAUCUGUCUUUCCGAGAAGUGCUCAUGACUCACCAGAGACAAUCGAACUGGAGAUCAACACGAGCUCCUUUGAGGGCCUGAUCCUGUGGCAGGGAGUGGAGACCAAUGGCGCACGCAAUUUGCGAAAGGUGCAUGCUAGUAAAAAGGAACAUGGAGAACACGGCAAAGGCAAGGACUUCAUAAGCCUGGGUUUGCAGAACGGACACCUUGUUUUCAGUUACCAGUUGGGCAGCGGAGAGGCACAAAUCUUGUCCCGGAAAGCCAUAAAUGAUGGAAGAUGGCAUAAGGUCACAGCAGUCAGAACUGGAAAAAACGGAUACAUCCAGAUUGAUGGCGGCGCCGAGCUCUCUGGACAGUCCAAAGGCAGAAGCCUCAUGGUCAACACCAAAGGCAGCGUAUACCUCGGUGGAGCCCCAGACAUGGCUGCCAUGACAGGGGGGAAGUUUUCGUCUGGAAUGACCGGCUGCGUGAGGAACUUGGCCAUGAUGAAUGCCCGGCCGGGACAGCAGCCGGCCCAGGCCAUCGACCUGCAGACCCACGCAGCCCACGGCAUCAACGUGAUGCCAUGCACGUCAUAGAUCUCUGCACACACACACACACACACACACACACACAGACUAUGGAGUUAAGUCACGCAGACACAGCAGACGCACACAGAGAGACUUGGUGCUUCGCUGCUACCAAAAAAAUGCAGAGACGACACAACAGGAUAUCUUUCUCUAUGUGCAGAAAAACCAAAAAAAUAGAGUGAAACCAUGAAACGACAUUAACAAGUUUUCUCCUACUCUGUGGUGUAUUCUCAAUGAAGGACAAUUAAAGAGUCAAGAACCAAAACAGCUUAUAUACUUCCAGCAGUAGUUUAGCCAUGAAAAGAGUAAGACUAAAACAUAUUAGGCUUUCUACGAUGGGUCAGAUCCUAUGGAGUUGGAGAUGUUUUUACAGCACUGAAUUUUUUAUUUAUAUACAUAUAAAUAUAUUAUAUGUGUGGGGGGGAAACAUGCAAACUAACCAUAACUGCUCUUCAGCUUCCCUAGAAUUUUUUCUGGGUUCUAAUAAUGUGUGUCCAGGGCUUUGUAUAGGUCUAACUGUAUUCAUACUUGACAAUGUUAAGGCCUUCUUUCUUCACUUCUGUAGAGGAACUUUUUUUUUUCUUCCGCACGUGAGCAUGCAUUUACAGUCUUUUACAAAUUAUUGAGGGAUGAGGGCGCAUGGUCACACGCAGCCUCGGUACACAACUCAGGUCGUCCAAUACCAAUUAAUAACCACAAAUGUUACAUACCGCCGCUUUGACUCUGCCGAUCUCUUGCUUUGCAAGUCCUUCACAGCGCUUUAGGGUCCUCUGUGUCUGUAUUGGGGGGUUUUUUCAUGACAAAGAUAGAAACUAUGGUGCUAAUGUCAGAAGUAACGAAACAGCAUGCUGUCUGUCAAAUGUGCUGUAGAGCAAUUCACCUUUGUUAAUAUAUUCAUGGCGUUUGAGGUUGAUUUGCUGAAGAAUAUGGCAUGAUUUGUUGCCUCCACAGCCAUAUUUGAUUGAGUAGAUCCAGUGAUUUGAUUGAGCGGAAGCAGUAAUUUGCAAUUUCUGUGCCAAAGAGGUCAAUAUCUGGAGGAAAUGAGGUGAAUACUUUUUGUUGGUUAUGUAUGCUUAAGUCCCUUCCAUUUCUCAUAGGUCACCAUACUUUAAGCCACAGUACGUGUGUGUGUGUGUGUGUUUACCUGUGACUGUGUAAUCCUCAGAGCUGCAUUAACCUAUUGCUUUAUUUUCAAGUUUGGUGGCUUUAGCAAUGCAGUAAGCUACAAAACUGAAGAAGAAGGAGAUGCAUCUGCAGCAAACAGCAGUAUCGGACACAGUUGGGAUAGUGUGUUUGAUGGUGUGUGUGGGAAUGCAGCGGAAGCCUCGUGCAGGUGCUGCGACCAGUUGUGUAGCUCGGGUUUAGUUUCAACCACACCACAAAACGGCAACGGGGGUUUCGCAAACCUUUUUUCUCAAUUCUUUAAGCUUAAAAUAUGUGCAUUAAUAUCCUUUAUACAAUUGAAAUGAGCACUAUCCUUCCUCUUAGAGUUGACUCAUUUUUAUUUAUUGUUUUGCGUUUUCUUUCUCUUCUUUCUCUCUAUUUUCUCUCUUCUGGUUAUUGUGUAUUGCCUCCCACAUACCCUUGUUUUCCCCAUCAUGUUUGAGUUUUAUUAUGCCCCCCCCCCGCCCCCCCAGGAAGUUCAUCAAAAAACCUCAAUGAAAUUCCAUGAAAAGGUUAAUGCAUAAAACUCUGAACUGAUUGGUCAGAAAGUUGGAAACAGGUUUUAUUAUUCACUCAACGAAAGAAAUUGUAGGCUUCAAAUUCAGCACAUGUAUUAUAUAUCUAUGCAGAAAGUUGUCAUCAUGUCGAUGUUGAUGUAGAUGUGAACAUGUGGAUUAAAUGGAGCCACGCUUGUGGUCCAGAUUUAGGACAGUGAAGCAGAGAAUGAUGGUGUGUAAGCCCCUUGUUGGAUGCCUUUUGUGUAUCUGCUCUAAAACUGAAUUUUCAUAUAUACACUGUACACUGUACCAUUGCAAUGACUGGUGCACUUGUAGUAAUGAUGGACAAUUUUUAUUUUUAAAUUUGUUUUGCUUCGAAAAUGCCACGGCAAAAAAAGGAUAACUUGAAUGAAAGUGUACCAUAUGAAAUGUUUAAAAGAUGCUCCCCUUGCUUUUGGUGUUUCUUAAUUAAAAACAAAAUUCAUGUACUAUU